AUGCCUCAGAGGUGGAUUUGGUCUACGUUCUGUGUGGAUCAGGUCUACGUUCUGUGUGGAUCAGGUCUACGUUCUGUGUGGAUCAGGUCUACGUUCUGUGUGGAUCAGGUCUACGUUCUGUGUGGAUCAGGUCUACGUUCUGUGUGGAUCAGGUCUAAGUGGAUCAGGUCUACGUUCUGUGUGGAUCAGGUCUAUGUCCUGUGUGGAUCAGGUCUACGUUCUGUGUGGAUCAGGUCUACGUUCUGUGUGGAUCAGGUCUGUGUGGAUCAGGUCUAUGUUCUGUGUGGAUCAGGUCUACGUUCUGUGUGGAUCAGGUCUACGUUUUGUGUGGAUCAGGUCUACGUUUUGUGUGGAUCAGGUCUACGUUUUGUGUGGAUCAGGUCUAAGUGGAUCAGGUCUACGUUCUGUGUGGAUCAGGUCUACGUUCUGUGUGGAUCAGGUCUACGUUUUGUGUGGAUCAGGUCUACGUUCUGUGUGGAUCAGGUCUACGUUCUGUGUGGAUCAGGUCUACGUUCUGUGUGGAUCAGGUCUACGUUUUGUGUGGAUCAGGUCUACGUUCUGUGUGGAUCAGGUCUGUGUGGAUCAGGUCUACGUUCUGUGUGGAUAAGGUCUAAGUGGAUCAGGUCUACAUUCUGUGUGGAUCAGGUCUACGUUCUGUGUGGAUCAGGUCUACGUUCUGUGUGGAUCAGGUCUACGUUCUGUGUGGAUCAGGUCUACGUUCUGUGUGGAUCAGGUCUGUGUGGAUCAGGUCUACGUUCUGUGUGGAUCAUGUCUGUGUGGAUCAGGUCUACGUUUUGUGUGGAUCAGGUCUACGUUCUGUGUGGAUCAGGUCUGUGUGGAUCAGGUCUACGUUCUGUGUGGAUAAGGUCUAAGUGGAUCAGGUCUACAUUCUGUGUGGAUCAGGUCUACGUUCUGUGUGGAUCAGGUCUAAGUGGAUCAGGUCUACAUUCUAUGUGGAUCAGGUCUACGUUUUGUGUGUAUCAGGUCUUUGGUCUACGUGGAUCACAUCAGGACCACUCUGGAACCACUUCAUGUUUUGGAUCUCAGGUCUUUUGAGCAGCUGCUAAAAACACAAGGAGCAAUAAUCAGCAUUAAAACUCCCAUAAUGCACUGCUGCACGAGCUUAAGGUGAUGCGACAGAAAAACAGACGUUUCUGAGGAUUUCUACAGACCUCCAGCAUCAAAUCGCUUCAUGAUUUCUUUGGGGGUUCUGACAAAAACCAGAGAUCCUCUCAUUUAAAAAAAGACCUGAAGACAACCAGAUAUAAAUUUAACUCUGGUCACGUGACUGAGGAGGCAGAAGCAAAGCAGAUCUCUGCUGCUAUCUGGUGGUCAUUUAAAGGGACUGCAGUUCAUUCACAGCUUCGGUGUCUGCAUCACCAAAAUGAUAAUUUCUCUUUUGUCUUUCCGUUUGUCCCGUAAAAAAACAGAGAUUCCAAAAACACAUCAGUCCACCAGCUUCUUAUGGUUGGAUGAAUAGGUGGAUGUUGUUUCUCUCUAAUUUAAGGAAAACAACCUGAACAAUAAACUGAAUCAGACUCAGAUGUUUAAAUGCGACAUGUAGCACCUUUAUUUUUUAUCAUCAUCAUCGCCGUCUGAGCAGCCCCCCCCCCACCCCCACUGUGCUCCAGCUCUUAGGUCCAGUUUCCCCCCCCCAUGAGAGAGUUCAACAAUCAUGUGUCCAUCAGGAGCUGCGGCAUGGCGGCCAAAGAGCUCCUGAGGAACAUGGACCUGCUCCGAGGUUCCAUCAGGCACUUGAAGGACUCGUGUGGAGGAGCCGCCGCCGCCAUGCUGGAGUGUGAGGAACGCGGUUCCACAUGCAGAGCAGAACGUAAACGUACAUAUCAAAUGGAAAACACAAUCAAACGUACAACGAGGAUUAAAAUCAAAGAAAAUCUGCUGUUAUGAUGACCCCCCCCUCCAUGAAUGACAUUCUUAUAAUACAAGGAAUGGGGGGAGGGGGGUGUCCGGGGUGCUUCAGAGAACUGGUUUGUUCUGGUCCGUCAUGUCAUCGACCCAUCAGAUCAUAGUUUGACGUCGAUCCUGAACAUUUCAAGACAAACGCCACCGUCUGAGGUCACAUGAUCGCUUUGGAAUUCUUUAUCCGAGGAAACGGAAAACGGCAUCAGAGGAAACGACAGACAUGAACACGUGUGUCUGCAGAAGAGUGGACGUGUGGCAGAGACGUUUCUGCAGCUUCAGCACCAGUCGAUAAAAACACACGUGUGCCUCAGCAGACGACGCCUUUGACACGUUUGAGCUCAGCAUGUUAACGUCACGCCAAAGGAAACGCUUUGAGGACAAACGGAGACUAGCAGAGAUGCUAUAGUCUCCGCUAGCAUCUCUGCUACUUUUAAAACGGUUUCCAUCUAUCGCGGUUCAAAAGCAGAACAUUUGAUCCACGAAAAGAACCAAAAGUCAGA